ACAGUAACCCUGGGUAGAAACAAGAACAAGCAUGCUACGUUCCGGUGACACGGGUACAGGGCUGAUACGCGGAUGAGAGAAGUAACAGAAUAACUUGUGGUACCGAUUAGUCCCAAGCAUCCAGGAAUAUUGUGUUUCUUAUCUAAUAACGCAGCAUCACCCGUCAACUCUGUCAUGGCUGAUCAACUAACCGGAGAACAGGUUGCUGAAUUCAAAGAGGCGUUCAGCCUGUUCGACAAAGAUGGCGACGGUACCAUAACAACCAAAGAGUUGGGGACAGUGAUGAGGUCAUUGGGACAGAACCCGACAGAAGCUCAGUUGCAGGACAUGAUCAACGAGGUGGACGCGGACGGCAAUGGCAACAUCGACUUCCCAGAAUUUCUGGUCAUGAUGGCGAAGAAGAUGAAAGACACUGAUACUGAAGAAGAGUUACGAGAAGCGUUUAAAGUAUUCGACAAGGACGGAAAUGGAUUUAUCAGUGCAGCCGAACUUAAACAUGUGAUGACAAAUUUAGGAGAAAAAUUAACAGAAGAAGAAGUGGAUGAAAUGAUUCGAGAAGCGGAUACGGACGGUGACAAACAAGUAAAUUAUGAAGAAUUCGUGGAGAUGAUGAAAAAUAAAUAAGUAAAAAGUAUUUCUGUCUACCGCUUAUUCCAGCCAUUAUUCCUCUACUCAUUGUCGUCGUCUUCCUCAACUACCCUUGGAAACCCUGUGGACAAAAGGUGUCUUCUUCUGGAUAUAAGCCCUUAGUGCUGUAAUAGUAUACAAGUCUUCCUAGUAAACGAAACAUCACCUUUAUUUUGCGAUAUAAAUAGAUUCACAUAAAUUAAUUUGGAGAAUACAUCAGGAAAGAAAAAAGCAUAACUGUUUAUAACAUUAUUAAGUGAAUUGAAAUCCUAUCGAAUAUUUAUUCAUCAGUAUUUAUUUACCUGUGACGGUUUAAUCUUGUCCCUUUCAUUUCGUUUCUAGUUUUCUGAUUAAGCACAUUGGCGCACAAUGGGUUAAAUCAGAAAUCAUGGAAAGUACGUUAUUUGAAGAACAUCGUACCAUAAAAAAUGUCAAUGACGCUAAAUUAGAUCAAGAUCGUUUGAGACGGAAUACAGAUACAGCUACCACAGUUGGGAUUGCUUCGGCCUCCUUACCGGAAUGUUCGUAUAGCACUAGUACAAAUAGUAGCUCGCCAAUAACGUUGUGUUUUUGCAUUAUAUUCUUCACUCUAUUUGUUCUAGUCUACCCAGAAUGAGAAGUUGUCUGAUAGGAUGCAAGCAUGUGAAAGACAAAGUCCAUUCAUUGUAACGUCACCUAUUUUUAAAUCAAUAUAUGUUCAUGUCACAGAAAACUAGGUUAAGCUCUGACUAAACACUAGACAACACUGCAGAAUACGUAAUUAGGAAACCAUGUCGGCUCCGUUUGACUCAAUGUGUUUAUGUUGUAUUCAUGUAUAUCAGAUUUCUCAUGUUGUUACAGUAAUGCUAUAAGCGGUUUGUUUUUUAAUCCUUCUUUAUAUUUUUAAUCAGGUAUAAUGACUUAUUUUGAAAAGAAAAUAUACGAAAUUAACUAGAUGUAUUGAACAUGCACUUAAUACUCACCAUUUCAUUUUUUUUUUUUUUAAAUAUCUACAAUUUUAUUUUUUCUAAGAGUUUGUUGACAUUAACGACGUCAUUUAAAAAUCAAUGUAGAGUUCGCUUUUAGGGGAGGGGCUGUGUUGUUUGGAUCAGUUAUUUAAGUGACUAAUGGCUACACGAGACCUGAGUGGAAGCUAAAUGCCGAUACAUUGAAUUACUGUUUGUCUUUAAUAAACGUCUUACCAACAAAGCUGUUCUAUAUGAUCCAUGACAUUAAAAUGUCUUGAAUCUGAAACGUUGUAAAUUCAAGCAAGGUAGAUUAUAUUGGAACUAUUUAUCUCCCAUUACAUCAUCGCUAACUUUGACUUCUGUAUACGAGACGAUGUGUUCAUUGUUUUAUAUUGCAUGGAAACCAAUUAAUUUAAAACACUGAACUUUGAACUCUGCGUCUCUGUGUGGUGAAAUUAUUGACAAAAACGCAUAUGAGACAUUUAAGAUCAUUUGAAAGGCAACUCAAUUAUGUACAAAAUUCAAUCAGCAUUUGUCGUCGAAAAUAAAACAGUGAAUAUUUA